AAAUCCGCCUCCAUUUCUCUCUACUCGCCGGACUCUACUCCAAUAGAAACUCAAAAGCGAGAGCCUUAUCCACUGAAGUCCCCUCAAAACCCUAAUCCUCCAAUUCCAUCCUCAGGUCAUGGCUGCUUUCAGUACUAUGUCUUUGGUUGGCCCUUUGGCUGCUCCCUGCAGCUUUGCCAAAGAUAAGAAUCUCUCAGUUUCUUCCCAACAGCUCUCAUCUUUUGCAUCUAUAUCCUCAAGGUCUCUGGGUGGUGGAAGGCAGAAGUUGCAUGUACAGAGAAGAUGCAACUCUAAGAUCAAUGCAAUGGCCAAGGAGUUGUAUUUUAACAAGGAUGGGUCAACCAUUAAGAAGCUUCAGACAGGAGUAAACAAGCUUGCAGACCUGGUUGGAGUUACUCUUGGCCCCAAGGGCAGAAAUGUUGUAUUGGAGAGCAAGUAUGGAUCACCAAAGAUAGUCAAUGACGGAGUUACAGUUGCCAAGGAGGUAUUAUAAUUACGAAUGAUAUGA